AUGAAGGUGCUCUCGCGCCCGAUAAUCACCAGACCGGGCUCACUCCACCUUCGUCAUCCUGAUUCCUGCUCUUCCCCUCUCUGGUUCUUCCCCUCAUUCCCGGCGAAAACCCUGUGGAGGAAGAGAACCGCGCUCAGAUUGAACAACAGGGACUGCGAUGGCAGCAACAGGCCCCUCCACCGCAACGGCAGCCUCGCCGUUCGAAUGUACUCCAGCAGCUCCGCCACCUCCUCCGGUGCGCCGACUCGCCGGAAAGGCCAGAACAGCGGCGGCGGCGGCGGCUCCUCCUCCUCAUCUUCUUCUUCCUCCAGGUCGUCCCUCUACGCGAGGCCCAGCCUCCGGGAUAUGCAGAGCGAGAGAGCCGCCAAUCGUGUCCGCGUCUACGAGUUCCUCCGGGGAAUCGGCAUCGUCCCCGACGAGCUCGACGGCCUAGAGCUCCCCGUCACCGUCGAGGUGAUGAGGGAGCGCGUCGAUUUCCUCCACUCCCUAGGGCUUACUGUGGCCGACAUCAACAAUUAUCCUCUGGUUCUCGGCUGCAGCGUGAAGAAGAACAUGGUUCCCGUGCUGGAUUACCUCGGCAAGAUCGGCGUCCGCAGGUCCACCUUCACCGAUUUCCUCCGGCGGUAUCCGCAGGUCCUCCAUGCCAGCGUCGUCAUCGACCUCGCCCCCGUGGUGAGGUACCUCCAGGGGAUGGACGUGCGGCCGCAGGACGUUCCUCGAGUGCUGGAGAAGUACCCCGAGCUGCUAGGGUUUAAGCUGGAGGGGACGAUGAGCACCUCCGUGGCCUACCUCGUCGGAAUCGGCGUCUCGAGGAGGGAGAUCGGCGGCGUCCUCACCCGCUUCCCGGAGAUCCUGGGGAUGAGAGUGGGGAGGGUGAUCAAGCCCCUGGUGGAGUAUCUCGAGUCCUUGGGCCUGCCCCCUCGAGCUCUGGCCAGAUUGAUCGAGAAGAAGCCCCACAUCCUCGGAUUCGGCUUGGAGGAGAAGGUGAAGCCGAAUGUGGAAGCUCUUCUUCAAUCUGGCGUCAGAAGGGAAUCCAUGGCCGCCGUCAUAGCUCAGCAUCCAGAGAUCAUCGGCAUCGCCCCAGACGACCUGAAGCAGAAGCUGCUUGCCCAGCAGAGCUGCCUCGAGUCGACCAUCUUUCUUGGGGCCGAGGAAUUCGGCAGGGUUCUGGAGAAGAUGCCUCUGGUGGUUGGCCUCGGCCGGGCAGUGAUCCUGAAGCACGUAGAUUUCUUCAAGACUUGUGGAUUUUCUCUGCAGCAAGUCAAGAAGAUGGUGAUCAGCUGCCCGCAGAUCCUCGCUCUGAACCUGGACAUAAUGAAAUUGAGCUUGGAGUACUUCCAGGGGGAGAUGGAUGGGGAUCUGGAAGAUCUAGCCGCAUUCCCCGCCUUCUUCUCCUACAGCCUCGAGUCAACCAUACGGCCCAGGCAUCGGAUUGUUGCCAAGAAGGGUCUCAAGUGCUCUCUGGCCUGGCUCCUGAACUGCACAGACGCCAAGUUCGAGGAGCGGAUGAACUACGACUCCAUUGGCAUGGAGGAGAUGGAACCUGAGCAGGGUUUCAACAUGAGGACCUUACUGGAGCCACGAGCUGAAGAAGAAGAAGAAGAAGAAGAAGAAGAAGAAGAAGAAUACGACUCCGACUAUGAAGAUGAUGAGGAUUCUGAUGACGACUAUGCAUAG